CCCACGGACUCAGACCACCGCCGCAGUGCUCCGCCUCUCCCUCCCCCCAUGGCCACCGCCGCAGUCCGCCGCCUCCUCCGUCCGCCCCCCUCCACCGCCUUGUCCACUGCCCGCCGCCUCCUCUCCUCCACCGCUUCCCCACCGCCGAACCGCAGCCCCAACACCAACAGCCCCGCCUCCUUCGACUGGUCCGACGACGACGAGAGUUCCCCCGCACCUCCACCGGCAUCCCCGGCAAAGAACCCCAUUCUGCCGCCGCCCUACGACCCCUUCAGCAAGAAGCCCGCCGUGGCCGACCCACCCGACCCCACCAACCUUCAGGAGGUCUUCCACCGGAUGCGCGCCGGAGGGCUCACCGACUAUGCCAUCAAGAUGUUCGACGGAUUGUCCAAGGACGGGCUCACGCACGAAGCGUUGGCUCUCUUCUCGGUCAUCAAGGAUAAGGGCGCCAUGCCUGAUGUCGUCGCCCACACCGCCGUCCUGGAGGCUUACGCGAAUGCUGGCCCCGCCCACUGGCGCGACGCCGUGCGGACCUACAAGCGCAUGCUCUCCAGCGCGGUAGCGCCAAACGCGUACACCAUGGCCGUGCUCAUCAAGGGGCUUGCGGCGAGCGACCGGUGUGCAGAGGCAGGCAAGUACCUGCUGGAGAUGCUCGACCGUGGGAUGCGGCCCAAUGUGGAGACGUGCCUGGCUGCCUUUGAGGCGCACGUCAGGAUGGACAAGGUGGAAGAGGGGAAGGCUCUGCUGGAGAUGAUGAAGAAGAAGGGGUUCACGUUGGACGAGGAGGCAGUGCGCAGCGGUACCGUCAAGCGGGGGCAUGUCUUCAAGGGUGUCAUGAACCUGCUCUUUGGAAAGUGAUAAUGGUAUGCACACUGUUUUGUUAAUAUAGGACAUGUUGUUGCAUAACCAAUUGUUGGUUCGUAACUUGUCAGGAUUCUACUUGAAAUCGAAAUGUCUACUGGUUGUCUGUUGCACAGGACCGGGUUGA